AGCCUCAAGCCCACAAAUCCCAGGCGUACGCGGCAAGCGCGUCAAGCGCGCGCCAAGCGCGCGCAAGCGCGCGCCAUGUCGCUGUGGGCUCCUGGCAGUUUUCCGCGGCCAAUUUUGAGCGCGCCGAUCGAUGGGCCGCGGCUCCGCAGUCCGCGAAGCGCCCCCGGAUCGAGCGGAUCGCGCGUUGCGGGGGAAGGCUAUGGGCUCAAUGUUGGCCUUGGCGCUGUGCUGCUGCUGUGGAGGAGAGGCCGCCAGUCUCGCUGCGCACGCUGCUGCUCAGAUGGCGUGCGUGAACGGAUGCGCCCGAAGCUCGCGUACAGAAGACGAUCCUCGCCGAGCUUGGGCGAGGACCUGUACUGUCCCAUCUGCUGCAUGACCUGUACCAGCGCCAUUGAUUUGCAGCAGCAUCUCAAGGGCAAGCGCCACCAGAAGCAGGUCAACAAGUUGAAGGGAGGCAACCCCGGUCGUCAGCAGACCAAACCCGCUCGUCAGCAGACCAACCAGUCUGGGCCCAUCAGCAAGAAGCGGUGGAACAAGUUGGUGCGCGAGGGGAACUUCAAGGAGCUCUUCCGACAUACCAAGCAGAACUUCACCACGGAUCGCUUGGCCUCCUUGCUGUUAGUCGUGGCGAAGAAAGGUGGGGUCCAGGAGUUCACCAAGGCCCUGCGCUGCGUCGCAGAGACCGAGGAGCAGCUGGACGUGAAUAGCUUCCACAAGCUGCUGGAGACCUUAACGACGCGGGUGCCGGUGCCCGUGCCGAUGGUGCGCCUGGUGCUGAACUUCGUGGCCACACGCUCGGAGGAUCUGGUGCCGCUGCUGCCAGAAACCUUGGGCUUUCAGCGUGCGCUGGACGAGCAGGAGGAGCUGGACGAGAUGCAGCGCUUCUUUCGGGGCUGCCGCCGCCCAGACCUCCCGCAGGAGGAAAGCUACCAGUUCACUCAGGAGGCCCUCCAGGCCUUCAAGGAGAUCAAGGUAGAGAAGCUCAUGGGCAAGGUGGAGGUUCCAGAGACCUCCUUCAGCAACUACUACGCCCACUUCAUGACUUUGCUCCACUUGGACUUUUUGGAGGAGUUGGUGCAGAUCGAGCUGCGCACCCUCUCCACCUUCGGGAUGCCUUCGCCUGGGCGCAUGGCUCCGGAGGUGAGAAUCGAAGCCUCAGAGGAUGGCAAGAGCAUCAUCUGCCGCAAGGACGGGGAGGUAAGCUUGGCCGUGGACACCGGUGCCGGCGCUGCGGUGCUGCUGUGUCAGAGCGGCGUCGACCCGCUGAAAGGGGGCGCCAUCGGAUACGCCAAGGUGGGAGUGGCAGAGCAGGAGGACGGCUUCUUCAUGAUCUUGAAUGUCGACAAGAAGGAUAGGGUGCAGAAGAUGACCAAAUUUGAGACUGUGGACAUCUACAACUCCGUGAACUUGAUCGCCUACCAGCGCCAGGCGGAGGCCCUCAGGCAGCUGGCCAAGAGCAACAAGCGGUUCCCCCUGUGGGACCUUCUGCCCCUCGCAGGCGUGGGUGGCAACAUCCUGGACACCUGGGCCUCUCGGAUGCGGAAAGCCCUCGACGAGAGCAACGGCAAGGAGGUUGAGAUCCCGGACGCGCUGCCAAAGGAGACCUUGGAUUCGCAGGAGAUCCUGGGGCUGAAAGCUUUGGCGCGGCAGCCGCCGCGCUUGACCUGGCAAGGCAAUCAAGUGCUGAGGGACUUCAAGGAGUUCCUGCAGUUUGGCGCGUCACGGCUUGACCCUGAGAUCUGCGAGGGCCUGGGGCGGCUCAACGAGUCCCAGCGGGAGGCCGUGAGCGCGGCGGUGCAGCGCACGCUGACGGUGAUCCAAGGACCUCCGGGCACUGGUAAGACGCAUGUCUCCGUGGAGAUCUUGCGCAUGUGGGCCCGGAUGGGUGUUGGACCUGUGCUCGUGACCUCCCACAACAACAUCGCAGUGGACAACAUCGCAGAGAAAGCGUACGCCCAAGGUCUCAAGGUGGUGCGGAUGGCGAAGGGCAACCGCAUCAGCAAAGCCUUGGACGCCUGCUCUUUGGAUACCUUGCUGGAAGAGGGCUACGGGUUCCUGGAGCGGAACGCGCGCUUUGAGGCCACUGGGCAGAUCCUAGACGAGGCGGACGUGGUGUGCGUGACCACCACCUCCUCGGCCACGCCGCUGUUGCACCGACGGAAAUUUGGCGCCAUCUUGAUGGACGAGGCCGCUCAGACCACAGAGCUCUCCGCACUGGUGCCCAUCUGCAACGUGAACGCGCAGCGCUUGGUGCUGGUGGGGGACCACUGCCAGCUGCCGGCGGCGGCCUUGGCGCUGGAGGCGGAGGUCCGGGGCCUGACGCUGAGCCUCUUCCAGCGCCUAGUGCUGCGAGGCCUUCCCUCCUUCUUCCUGGACACCCAGUUCCGCAUGCAUCCGGCGAUCGCCGAGCACAGCGCGGAGCAGUUCUACGAGGGGCGGCUGUUAUCUGGAGUCACCGCCCAGAUGCGGCCGGCACCGGAGGGAAUCCGCUGGCCUUCGGGCGCGGGCAUCGCGGUGCUGGACACCCAGCGCAUGCAGGACAAUCGGGAGGAGCGCGACCGUGCAUCCUGGUGCAACAAGCGUGAGGCAGCGAUGAUCGCGCGCAUGCUGAAGUCCGUGCUGAGAACGGGCCUGAAGCCCUCCGAGGUCGGGGUAGUGACGCCCUACAUGGGCCAGGUGCGGACCUUGCGCCGCGCCAUUCGCCAGGAGGUGUGGCUCGAGGAGCCUCGAGAUCUGCUUGUGGCCUCCGUUGACUCCUUCCAGGGCAGGGAGAAGGAGCUGAUUUUGUUCAGCGCGGUGCGGAGUAACCCCCGCGGCAGCGUGGGGUUCCUGGCGGACUGGCGCCGUCUCAACGUGAUGAUCACGAGGGCGCGGCGGGGCCUGGUGAUCGUGGGGAACGCCAGGACCCUGAAGAGAGAUCCCACCUGGGCCAACUACAUCGAGUGGGCCCAGAGCAAGGGCUACCUUCAGGACGCCCGCGAGGAGAUCUUCGAGCCGGACGGGGCGUUCGCCUACUAGCUCCCAGCAGAAAAGUGGCCCA